AUGCAGCACGAGAUAUUCACAUAUACAAUCGGCGAUAAACUGGGACGGGCCCCGCCAUGCGACGAAGAUGCCAAGGUCGGGCGUGUCCUCGACGUGGGGACUGGCACCGGCAUAUGGGCCAUCGACUUUGGCGAAUUUCAUCCUGAAGCUGAGGUCUAUGGUGUAGAUCUUUCGCCCAACCAGCCAGAAUAUGUGCCGGAAAAUGUGAGGUUUGAGAUCGACGACGUGGACGAAGACUGGACAUACUCAAAACCAUUCGAUUAUAUCCACAGUCGGUUCAUGACAGGUGCCAUUAACAACUGGAGAAAGUUUUUCGAAUCCGCUUACGACCAUCUUAACCCCGGCGGGUGGUUCGAGGUCCAAGAUGCCGACAUCAACCCUCAGUCCGACGACGGCACCUUUCCAAAGGACUGCGCAUUAGCAGAAUACGUACAACUCCUCCAAUCUGGCGCCGAAGCCGCUGGCUGUUCCUACGUUGAUAUACCAGCGCUAGCGGGUCUCAUGACCGAGGUUGGUUUCGUGGACGUCUCGAUUCAGAUGUACAAGUGGCCCAUCAAUGGGUGGCCAAAAGAAGAUAGGUAUAAGAAAUUAGGCCUCUGGACACAGGAGAACUUCAGCAGUGCUCUCCAGGGGUUAUGUAUGGCUCUUUUUACGCGCGUCCUUGGGUGGUCGAGAGCGAGGGUCGAGGGCUUCCUUAUUAAUGUGCGCCAUGAUGUGAGGAAUAGGGAUUUCCACGCUUACUUUCGAAUAUACUGCAUCAUAGGUCGAAAGCCGUAG